UUCCAUUUCCUGCAGUCCUACAUCACCCCGGCCCUCCAUCGUCCCCCAGUGGCUAUUUUAAGAAUGAUGGAUCUGUCUGAGUUUGGAGAUGCUGCAGCCUUCCUCAGAAGAAAUAGAGCUGAGCCUUGGUUCCAGCCCCCAGCCUUCGAUGGGAAGAAGAAAUGCUGGGUUCCUGAUGGGAAGAAUGCUUAUACUGAGGCUGAGGUUAAAGAAAGCAGCGGUGAUGGACACGUUAUUGUAGAGACUAGAGAUGGGGAGAGUCUGAGAAUUAGGGAGGACGAAAUUCAACAGAUGAACCCUGCUGAGCUUGAAAUGAUUGAAGAUCUGUCAAUGCUGCUUUACAUCAAUGAAGGGUCUGUACUGCACACCCUGAGGAAGCGAUAUGACCAUUGGAUGAUCUAUACAUAUUCAGGUCUCUUCUGUGUGGCUAUAAACCCUUACAAGUGGCUCCCAGUGUAUCAGAAAGAGGUCAUGGCUGCCUAUAAAAGGAAGAGGCGAUCUGAGGCUCCCCCUCACAUCUUUGCUGUGGCCAAUCAUGCCUUUCAGGAUAUGCUUCGAAAUGGAGAGAACCAGUCCAUACUCUUCACAGGAGAAUCUGGCUCUGGAAAGACAGUGAACACCAAAAUGAUCAUUCAGUAUUUUGCCACCAUGGCAGCUACAAGUGAGCCCAAAAAAAAGCUGGGGAACUUAGAAGAUCAAAUUGUACAAAUGAAUCCUAUCUUGGAAGCAUUUGGAAAUGCCAAAACGCUGAGAAAUGAUAACUCUUCUCGUUUUGGAAAAUUCAUUCGGAUGUAUUUUGGUGUAAGAGGGACACUGUCAUUUGCAGAUAUCCAGAUUUAUUUUCUCGAAAAAUCUCGGGUGGUUUAUCAGCAGCCUGGAGAGAGGAACUACCAUAUCUUUUACCAAAUUCUGUCUGGGAAACAAGAACUUCAGGACAUGCUUUUGGUAUCCACAAACCCCUCUGACUUUCAUAUUUGCUCCUGUGGAGUGGUUGCUGUGGAGAACUUGGAUGAUGCUAAAGGAUUUCUGGCCACAGAAAAAGCCAUAGAUGUCUUGGGAUUUCUUCCUGAUGAGAAGUUCGGGUGCUAUAAGCUCGUUGGAGCCAUCAUGCACUUUGGAAACCUGAAAUUUAGACAGAAUCCCAGAGAAGAGCAGCUGGAGGCUGAUGGCACAGAAAAUGCUGACAAAGCUGCCUUACUCAUGGGCAUUAAUGCUUCUGAGUUGUUGAAAGGUCUUAUAUAUCCUAGAAUCAAAGUUGGUAAUGAAUAUGUUACCAGAAGUCAAAACAUACAACAGGUAACCUAUGCAGUUGGUGCACUCUCUAAGUCAAUAUAUGAGAGGAUGUUUAAGUGGCUAGUGGCACGCAUGAACCAGGUCCUGGAUGCCAAGGUGACAAGCCACUUCUUCAUUGGUAUUCUUGACAUCACUGGUUUUGAAAUACUUGAUUACAAUAGUCUCGAGCAACUCUGCAUCAACUUUACCAAUGAAAAGUUACAACAGUUUUUCAAUCAGCAACUGUUUGUUCUGGAGCAAGAAGAAUGCAGGAAAGAAGGCCUUGACUGGAUGUCCAUUGACUAUGGUCUGGAUUUGCAAGCCUGCAUCGAUCUCAUUGAGAAGCCCAUGGGCAUUCUUUCUAUCCUUGAAGAGGAAUGUAUGCUUCCUAAAGCUACUGACAAUACCUUCAAGACCAAACUCUUUGCCCACCAUUUUGGAAAGUCAGCUUACUUCCAGAAACCCACAGCUCCUGAGAAGAACUUCGAAGUUCACUUUGAACUUGCUCAUUAUGCAGGAGUGGUCCCUUAUGAUAUCAGUGGUUGGAUUGGAAAGAACAAAGAGCUUCUUAAUGAAACAGUGGUGGCUCUACUUCAGAAGUCCUCCAACAAAGUCCUGGCGAGUCUCUUUACAAACAAUACCAUUGCUGGUAGUGGUGAGUUAGAUUCUAUUGAAUUUGGUGAGAAACCCAGGAGGAAAGCAACAUCAUUCCAAUUGAUUACAUCGCUGCAUAAAGAGAGCAUAAAUAAAUUGAUGGCAGAUUUGAAAUCAACAGCACCUCAUUUUGUGAGAUGUAUAAAUCCUAAUGAGAACAAAAUUCCAGGCGUAAUGGAUCCUUUCUGGGUUCUCCAGCAGCUCCGCUGUAAUGGUGUUUUAGAAGGGACUAGAGUGUGCUGCAAAGCAUUUCCAAUUCGGAUGCUGUAUGAUGACUUUAAACAAAGGUACUGUAUUCUAAACCCAAGGAUCUUUUCGAAGAGCAAGUUUGUGAACAUCAGAAAGGCAACUGAAGAAGUACUUGCCUUGUUGGAGAUAGACCAGUCUCAAUACCAGUGUGGAGUCACCAAGGUGUUUUUUAAAGCUCGCAUUCUGGACCGGUUAGAAGAAAGAAGAGAUGAAAAAAUAUCUAAAGUCUUCACUUUGUUCCAAGCCAGAGCACGAGGAAAGCUGAUGCGCAUUACAUUCCAGAAGAUUCUAGAAGAAAGGGAUGCCCUUGCUUUGAUCCAAGAGAACAUAAGAGCUUUCAUUGCUGUGAAGACUUGGCCCUGGAUGGGGCUCUUCUUUAAGGUCAAGCCCCUUGCUAAGUCUGUAGGAGCUGGAGAAGAGAUAGCUGGCCUGAAGGAGGAGUGUGCACAGCUACAAAAAUCUUUGGAGACUUCAGAAUCCCAGAGGGAGGAGCUGAAAACAAAGCAAGUCUCCCUUGUCCAAGAAAGGAAUGAUCUACUUCUUCAGCUGCAGGCCGAACAAGAAACCCUGGCAAAUUCUGAAGAGCUGUGUGAAUCACUGAUUAAAUCCAAGAUAGAACUGGAAGCCAAAAUCAAGGAGCUCUCCAGGCGGGUGGAGGAAGAAGAGGAGAUAAAUUCUGAGCUGACUGCCAGGGGCCGGAAACUGGAAGACGAAUGUUCUGAGUUGAAGAAGGAAAUCUAUGACCUGGAAGCAAUAUUGGCGAAGUCAGAGAAGGCGAAGUGUGCCGCGGAGCACAAGGUGAGGAACCUGACUGAGGAGGUGCACUCUCUACAUGAGGACGUCAGUAAACUCACCAGAGCCAUGCAGGCUGCUCAGGAGGCCCAGCAGCAGACCCAGGAGCAUCUGCACAUAGAGGAGGAGAAACUCAGCAACGUGAGCAAAGUAAAUCAGAAGCUCAGCCAACAAGUUGAUGCGUUGGAAGGAGACCUUGAACGGGAGAGGAAAGCCAGAAUGAAGUGUGAGAGGGAGAAGCACAAGCUGGAGGGCGAGUUAAAGCUGAACCAGGAGGGUGCUGAGAACCUGGAGAGCAGCCGGCAACAGCUGAUAGAGCAGCUGAGGAAGAAAGAAUUUGAAAUGGGUCAGAUGAAUUCAAAAGUGGAGAAUGAGAAGAACCUGGUGUCUCAGCUUCAGAAGACGGUGAAAGAGCUCCAGACUCAAAUAUUAAAUUUGAAGGAGGAGCUGGAAAGCGAAAGGACCAUUAGAGCCAAGGUGGAAAGAGAGAGAGGUGACCUCGCUCAAGACCUAGAAGAUUUGAAUGAGAGGCUGGAGGAGGCAGGGGGGACCAGUUUGGCUCAGAUGGAGAUAACUAGGCAACAGGAAGCAAGAUUUCAGAAGCUUCGCCAUGACAUGGAAGAGACCACACGACACUUUGAGGCAACUUCUGUCUCUCUGAAAAGGAGACAUGCAGAGAACGUGGCUGAGCUUGAGGGCCAGGUAGAACAUUUACAGCAGGUCAGGCAAGUGCUCGAUCAAGAGAAGAGUGACCUGCAGCUUCAAGUGGAUGACCUCCUGACACGUGUUGAUCAGAUGGCCAGAGCUAAGGCAAAUGCUGAGAAACUCUGUGGUCUGUAUGAGAGGCGCCUGAAUGAAGCAAACACAAAACUGGAUGAGGCGACUCAGUUAGCAAAGGAUCUGACGUCACAGAGGACAAAGCUUCAGAACGAGAGUGGGGAGUUUUUUAAAAGACUGGAAGAAAAGGAGGCCCUGAUAAGCCAACUUUCCAGAGAAAAGAGCAACCUCAUUCUGCAAGUUGAAGAACUGAGGGUGCAGCUGGAGGAGGAGAGCAAGUCUCAGAGUGCCCUGGCCCAUGCUCUGCAGUCAACCAAGCAUGACUAUGACCUUCUACGAGAGCAGUAUGAAGAAGAACAGGAAGUGAAGUCUGAGUUGCACCGGGCUUUAUCUAAAGGCAACAAGGAAACAGUACAAUGGAGAACAAAGUAUGAACACGAUGCUAUGCAAAGAACUGAAGACUUGGAGGAAGCUAAGAAGAAGCUGGCGAUUCGAUUGCAGGAGGCCGCUGAAGCCAUGGAGGUGUCCAAUGCCAAGAAUGCCUCCCUGGAGAGGGCCAGGCACAGGCUCCAGCUGGAGCUGGGGGAUGCCCUUUCUGACCUGGGAAAGGCUCGCUCUGUGGCAGCAGCAUUGGGGCAAAAACAGCAGCACUCUGACAAGGCUCUGGCUUCCUGGAAGCAGAAGCAGGAAGAGGCCCAGGAGCUGCUGCAGGCCUCUCAGAAGGAGGCCCGAGCUCUCAGCUCUGAGGUCCUCAUGCUCAGGCAAGCCUGUGAGGAGAGCAACGAGGCCCAGGAGACCCUGAAGAGGCAGAACCAGGACCUUCAGGAACGGAUUUGUUGUCUCACAAACCAGGUGAGAGAAGGGAUCAAGAAUUUGACUGAAGUGGAAAAGGCCAAGAAAUUGAUUGAGCAAGAGAAGACUGAAAUCCAAGCGAGGCUGGAAGAAGCAGAGGGAGCUCUGGAACGGAAUGAAAGCAAGAUCCUUCGUUUCCAGCUGGACCUCUCAGAGGCUAAAGCAGAGCUGGGAAGAAAGCUGUCAGAGAAAGAGGAUGAAGCAGGGAGGUUGAGGGAGAAGCAUCAGCAGGCUCUGGGUUCCCUGCAGUCUAGUCUGGAUUCUGAAGCUUCAAGCAGAAUUGAGGCAACUAAGAUGAGGAAGAAGAUCGAAGGGGACCUCAAGGAGAUGGAGAUUCAGCUUUGUACUGCCAACAGACAGGUGUCACAAACGACCAGAGCCUUAGGCCAGCUUCAGAGUCAAAUGAAGGACCUUCAACAACACCUGGAUGACAGCAUUUACCAGAACAAAGACCUGAAGGACCAGGUGGCUCUGGCUGAGCAGCGCAACAUUCUCCUUCAGUCUGAACUUGAAGAGCUGAGGUCCUUGCAAGAGCAGACAGAGCGCGGGAGAAAGCUGGCAGAAAAGGAGCUCCUAGAAGCCACAGAAAGAAUCAGUCUUUUCCACACCCAGAACGCAAGCCUCCUCAGCCAGAAGAAGAAACUGGAGGCUGAUGUUGCUCAGGCGCAGAAGGAAGCUGGGGAGAUGCUUCAGGCUUGUCAGAAGGCAGAAGAAAAGGCCAAGAAGACAGCUGCUGAGGCAGCCAACAUGUGGGAAGAACUGAAGAAAGAACAGGACACGAAUGCUCACUUGGAGAGGACGAGGAAGAAUAUGGAGCAGACGAUUAAGGACUUGCAGAAAAGGCUGGAUGAAGCAGAACAGACUGCUGUGGUGGGGAGUAAAAAGCAAAUCCAGAAACUGGAAUCCAGGGUGCGGGACCUGGAAGGUGAACUGGAGAGUGAAGUCAGGCGCAGUGCAGAAGCCCAGCGGGAAGCUCGCAGACUGGAGAGAGGCAUCAAAGAACUGACUUAUCAGGCAGAAGAAGACAAGAAAAAUCUGAGCAGGAUGCAGGCUCUGUCUGACAAACUUCAGCUGAAAGUGCAGAGUUACAAACAGCAGGUGGAAGCAGUCGAGGCACAGGCUAAUCAAUACCUUUCUAAGUAUAAGAAGCAGCAGCACGAGUUGAACGAAGCCAAGGAGAGAGCAGAGGCCGCAGAAUCGCAAGUCAAUAAACUCAGAGCUAGAGCGAAGGAGCUUGAGAGAAAGGUACAAUCCCUCGGAAACUCUGUUGCUUCAGGGCUCAGGGCAUCAUGUGGGUUAGUACAGCAAGGAAUGUCUUGCUUUUCUUUUCAAAUCUUUUUUUUUUUAAUAGCCAAACAAGUUCAAAUAAAGUUCUUCCCCUACUUAUUAAAUUCUACGUAUCCAGGGAGUAGGGAAGUGAUAAGCGUUUGAAAUGGAAAAACAUUCUAGUUAUAUUUUUUUAAGUCCUUCAUGCCAGGUUAACUUGUGAGUGCCAAGCCUUGGACCUUUAAUUCAUUUGUGCAGAAUACUGAGGAAUUCACGGAGCAAAGGGGAUUUCUAAAGUACAAACAGACCUUGAAAUUCUGAGUGAAUUCUUUUCACAGUGGACAAGCAUGUGAGUUUGUAUCAGGUCAAACUGAAAACUAGGGAGAAGGUGGUCAGAAGUGAGCCAGGGGUCGACCACAAAUUGUGGAAUCCUGCUUUCUAGGUCCCAGUAUCCACCUUCUGACUCUUCCCUGAAGCACGGAAAUGUCUUUCCAUGUCCAUGUCAGGGAGGCCAGUGCUUCUCUGUAAAGAGAAACUGGAAGGAACAAGAAUGAACUCAGAAAUGGAUGCUGGGCAGGAACAAAGUGUCUCUGCACCCUCACUGAGAGUUUAUUGAAACAUGGUUUGUAAAUGACAUCUGCCUUUAGGAGAAGGGAAUUAGAAGAAACUGAAUAAGUAGCUACCUUUUAUACAAUGUCUGAAAAGCAGUGAGCACAGUUCCCAGAACAGAUGGAGGCAUUCACUUUCAAAAUUUGGUACAUGCCUAGCCUACUCAUUUUUGGUAAAUGAGUUACUGGUAGCCCUUCAAGGUAAGCUGACAGGAUUGCCAAUAAUAAAUAUCGAUCUUGUUGGAGGAGGCUAAAGUUGGCUCCAUGGAAGAUGCUGAGAUCUAAGUCUGAGAAAUUUGAGUCAUUGGUAGGCCAGAGAGAUCUCACAGCUGCCUGAACGGUUGCCUUAAGUGUAAGGCCCAGUUAGAGGGCUCUAGGGGAGUGGCUUGACUGCUGGCCUUACCUAGAGAAGUGUCACCCCACUGAUUUGGGGUCUCUCCAAGGCAGAGUCUGUCCAGCAAAGCCACAGAAGGAUUUGCUUACGGAGGGGCCUUCAAAACACACCCACAUUUCACCUUGUCACAGUUGUGUCCAAGAAUGAAUAAAACAAGUGAAUCGGCAAUUGCUUCUGUCAGGAGAUGAACAGGGAAACCUUGCUGAGCAGUGUGAUGACUAAUUGCCCCCUAUUCACAUAAGAGCCUAAAAUCCUUCAACUGCUGUGCACAAAGGAAAGGGGUUUUCUGAUGCACGGGUCUGGAGCAAACCUGUGAUGUGUUUGCAGCGUCUUUUCCAGUGGGGGAGGGGAGGCAGAAAUGAAGAGUGACAGCCAGCCCUUGGGGUGAGUCACCAGAGUCUGCUUUCUGCUAGUGGAUAAUUGCCUAAACCCCUGCUUUUUUGGGGGGGCGGCAUGGAGAGCUGUUGAGGCCUGCUUCCCUCUGGAAAGGGUUCACAUGGGUCUGAGUGUGCCCUGCCAUCCAGUCACUGGAUGUCGUGACACACACUGACAUACAUUCUGUUUUCCAGGUUCGAGAAGAAGGAGUUUCUUUUCAUUAAAAAAAAAAAAGACAGCUGGAAGCAAGCCUUUAAGAAAUAAAUAUGUGGCAUGAAUAGCAAGCUAAGGAGAGGAUGAAGAAAACGUCCUGAUCCAAAGGAAGACAAUUGCCUCUUAGAUUAAUGGAUUCCUUUUUGAUUCUCAAUAGCAUGAGAAGUCUCUCCUAAAGUUUCACACAGAAGACUAAACAGACAUAAGCAUCAAUUUUGAUGUUAGAGAAAGGCAUGCUUCUUCUUCCCUCCAUUUCCCCAUGCCUAGCACUCAGAGAAGAACCCUCUGUCUAUGCUUCAUGGAGUCUGUUACAUGAUGAGGAAUGCAUUUUCAAGUUAUCUAACUUUGCUUGACUCGUCUGUGCUGGCUGGCUUUGUGUGUCAAUCUGACACAAGCUGGAGUUAUCAAAGAGAAAGCAGCCUCCCUUGAGGAAAUGCCUCCGUGAGAUUCAGCUGUGACACAUUUCCUCAAUUAGUGAUCAAGGGUGGGAGGACCCCUUGUGGGUGGUACCAUCCCUGGGCUGGUGGUCUUGAGCUCAGUAAGAGAGCAAACUGAGCAAGCCAGGGGAGGCAAGCAAGCCAGUAAAUAACAUCUCUCCAUGGCCUCUGCAUCAGCUCCUGCUUCCUGCAUGAGUUCCAGUCCUGACUUCCUUUGGUAAUGAACAGCAAUGUGGAAGUGUAAGCUGAAUAAACCCUUUC